AUGCUGAGUUUGGAUUAUGUUUCAGAUUCAGAUGAUUAUGAGUAUGAACUACUAUCGAAUGAUAGGAUAUCCACAAGACUACUACAGAACAAUUUGAAUAAGCUAUCACCUAGAAAGAGACAGGAAACAAAAGAUAAGCUUAUUGAAUAUACCAAUUAUGCUAGUCUUUUACAAGAAUUAAGUCAGGGGUUAAUUUCAUCACAGAAAAGUAAUGAUGAGGUUGUAAAUGAUAGUGAAGAAGAAGUUCAAGAUAUCUUCCUUCAAGACUCACUCCGUGCUGAUGAUCCUCAGAAUAGUGAUAGCCAAAAUAUUCUAGACGAUCCAAUUGCAACAGCACAUUCAUUUGAAAAUAGUCAAGAUAUUGACAAUAACCCCACCGAAGGAAAUCAACAAACAGACGUCCAAGUUCCAGAAGAACCAAAUACAAAUGAUCAUGAACAGGAACACGAGAAUAAUCACCAUUUGCAAAACUAUUUAGAUUCACGACUGAAUGUGGUAUCGAGAAGAGGCUUGAGGAAGCGGAAUUUUGCCAGUACACAUCCUUAUCUUGCCGAUCAAGCACACUAUUUAGGCUUAUCAGACGUGAAUUAUCUUAAUGAAAUAUAUGAAGAGAAUAAUCAUGAUUUAGAAACAGUGGUGAAAUACUUGAAUUAUAAUUAUGUGAAACUAAAACAAUCCAAUCCGAGGGAUGAAAAGUAUAGAUCCAAGAAUUUUUAUACCAUUCUAGGAAAACAGUCCCAACUGGCACAGCAAAAGGAAAAGGAAGAGCAAUGGAAAGAGCUGUAUGAUAUUGAAUUUCAAGAUCCAUCUCAGAUGAACGGAGAUAUAGAUCAAGAUGAUUUGAAUGGGGAUUAUUAUAGUGAUGACGAUGAAUUGCUCGAAUCAGUCAAUAAACAUCAUUCUCUAGUCAUAAGUGAUAAUGAAGAAGGAGCCGGAUCAGAUACAAACUCCGACAACCUGGAUACGUUAGUUAGGGUAGGUGGAAGAUAUAGACACGAGCGAAAUGUUCUAAAAGGAGUACUUCCAGAAUCGGCAAAACGGUUGCAAAUUUAUAAACCGAGACCUAAAUCAGGGAAUAGGAGAGAUCAACAAAAGCAAGUGGAAAUGCGUAAAGGUAUGGCUGUACGAAAAUCUGCUCCUAGACCGUCAUCUAGCAGAACCAACUUUUACGAAUUUGAUGGGUUUGUGGAUGAGUCAGUAGUAUAUGACACAUCGAAUGAGUUGUAUCAUGAAUUAUAUCAGAACCCUGAUGUUGACAAAAACUUGGUCACAGAUUUGGAAAGAUUUGAAACAUAUUCGAUUAUAUCUGAUUCCUCCAAUUCCGAGCCCGAAGAGGCAGAUCAUAGCGACAAUGACCUAUUUUCAACAAGCCUCCCUAUAGAAAACACGUCUAGCGACAAUCAGCCCCAAGCUGCAGAAGAAGACACAAAUUAUGAUUUUGGAUAUGAUGAUUUUGGUGAAGUAAGGGAGCUGGAUAAUAUCAAUAUGAUGCUUGCUGGCUCUUCCAAGAAGUCGAAAAAAUCCGGGGUUCCACCGAGAAAGAAGCAAAGAAUCGGUGCCAGUGGCGCAGGAAACAGAGGCAGUAGCAGAUUGAAACAACUGCAUUUACCAACUAGUCAUGGACCACCCAGUACUGGAUCAAAUCGCCCAAGAACGGUCUCAAGGAAAAGAGCAACACCAAUUAAGAGAAGAACCGGUGAACCUAGGGGCAGAUUAGCUGUGAAAUCAAUAACAAUACCAAAGAGCACAAAAAGGCGACAUCAUAAGCAAAAGAUGUCAAAGAAGAACGGAAAUUUGGGAAGCAUAGAUAGCUUUCUUACCGCAAUAAAUCCUGACAUUGACAAGAAUGAUUAUUUAUUUCUGAGAAAACCAAUUCUAUCAACCACGAUAUUCGAAGCUGAAAGUGAUCAUAGAUAUGUUGAGGAGAGACAAUCAUCCCUGGAUUCUUUUAUCCCGAAUCGCAGUGCACAAUUUUCCACGGGAAGCAUUCUUGAUAUUAUCGAUAUACGUCAAAUUCAAAAACUCGAACAAGGUAGGUCAUACCAGUUUCACAAAGAUAAUUUCACGAUUACAUUCAAUCAACAAGCCUAUUUGUUCUCAUUGGUAAAUGGCAAAAAUUCACGUCUUAAUGCUCAAAGAUUAGUUGCACAAUUAGUUCGAACCUUCAAGAAUUCCAAUCUUUUGUUUGAGACAAUUUCAGACAGUAUAUAUGAUUGUGUACGAGGAUUGAUUCAAUGGGUGUUAAUGAUACAAGAGUCUCCGGCUGAUAGGGAUUGGAAAUUGGUCAGUCUUUGUUUGGAUGCGUUGAUUCUGAAUCAUAAUAUGUCACCUGGAUUUAAGAAACGGUAUAUAUCAUAUUUCGCCUUAUUGCAUUAUACUAUGUCACGAAUGGCAUAUUUCAGUAGUGGAGAGUGUAUGAUCGAUAAGGACGUUCAAUUAUUCAAAUACUCAAGACAAUACUGGGAAAUUUUCUUUGAUUCGUUCGAUUUGGACCAAUUUGACAAGUAUUCCCUUCAACUGAAUUGUUCAACACAAGAUUCCGAAUCAUUUCAUAUCAUAUAUACAUUAUUGGACCUCCAAAAUCAAUGGUGGAAAUCGAUCACGUCUGCUAUCGAGACAUAUCAUCAUCCAACUAAUAUUCAGAAUUUGUUAGAAGCGGUAUUUUGUCUCUGUUUCAUACGUAAUCGGGGAUAUUCCUGGAAUCCCCUUCAUUUAGUAUUUCAGAAAUCCACUCAUUUAACCAACCCGGAAUUCUUUUAUCGAUAUAUUGAAAUGAUAUAUGCUUUGAAUCAAAGACGAGGAUGGCCGACUGAAGAAAAGACAAUCCUUGAGAUUUAUGGCUCAAUAACAAAUCGAAGAUUUGCAAAUUUUGUGGAUGAGAUAGGUAUGCCUGAAUUGAUUUCAUCACAGGUGAGUAGUCGAUUUGAUAUACCUGAUGAUACAUUUUUUGAACAAUUCAUGCAAUUGCUAUAUUGGUAUGUGCUGGGAUUAUCCGAGCCUAUAAAGGUGAAGCGAUUGGUUAUUAAAUUAUUCACAUCCUCUGGAUCUAUCUUUAAUGCCGUGGAUGACAGUCAGACUCGACAAGUUAUGUUUAUUAAUCGAUUGAAUUUUCUUAUUUUACUUUCACUGAUCUCAAAUGUGGAUUUAAAUAAUCAGAUUCAAGAAUUAUUUGGUGGGCUUGGACAGGUGGAAGAUAGUGAGGGUGAUGUUGUUGGGUUGUGCAAACUUGCCCUGGAUGCUUUGAUAACAUUUUCAGAGAUUAUUAUUCCCAAAAAAGGUCUAAAACUCCCCGUCGAAGCAUUUAUAAUGUUGACGAAUUGUUUUAUAAAGAGUUAUUAUACCAUACCUGGUAUUUUCAAAUUAUGGAAGCGGUUCUUAAAGCAGAUGAAUAAGUUAUUGGUUGUCCAAGACGCAGAAAUGGCUACCCUGCAGUUCGAAUUAUUAGCCAUGACAAGAGGAUUAUCUUCGGAAAUGCCCGAUAGGUUAUGUUUUGAAUUAUUUGAAUUAUAUUUGAAAAUUUGUAUCAAUAUCACUCCGUAUAAGACUAAAUUCCACCUGAUGUCAAAUUUAAAGAUUCUUCAUAGUCUUGAAGAUUUGGUUUUGAAAAUAUUACAUCGACAAAUGGGUCGUAUUCCAUUAUCUAGCCGAUCUGAAGAAAUGACAGUGUCCAAAUUCAUCGAAUUAUGUAUUUCAUUAUGGCUUAGAUGUUCAUCGUUAUUUCCAACCCCAAAUUGGGAAAAGAUUGUGUUGCAGACGUUCCCAUAUACGGGGAAUGUCCAACUGCGAGAGAAGUUUGGGAUAUAUUUUUAUGUUGGUAUACUUCGAUAUUAUAAUUUGAAAGGUUGUAAAGAGAUGGUUACUAGAAGUGUUCUUAGAGAAAUUACAAAGUUUAAUUCUUCAAUUCAUUUACCGACGUUGCUUAACCAUCUUAAUAAAGAUAAGUGGAUAUUGUUUAUGUAUCAAAAGAAGUUAAUUCCCGACGAAGUUACAUCGAUCUUAUUGAAGAAUUCCCGGCAUGUGAUUGUGCAUAAUUUUAUAUAUAACCUUUCCAUCCACACGAAACUCAGCACCAUUGAUGAACAAAAAUACAUCAAUGAUAUAACAAAAGGUCUAUCCACAGAAUAUGAUAAAUAUUAUUCAUCGUCAUGGUACAAAGAAUUCUGUUGUAAAGUGGUCAAACUCGUCCAACGAUAUUUCUUUGAUUUUAUUACUGAUGAUUCGUUGUUGUUAUUGUCUGAGUUAGCUUCCAAAUUAGGAAUUCAGAGAGCAGAAUUAUCGUUGAUUGAACUUAAACGAAUUCCCAUCAAUGAUAGACUUAAGACGAUUCAUUUUGAAUGUAAUAGAGUUGUAUUAUUUGAUAAAGUAUGGAUUCUGAAAAUGGAUGAAACUUUGUCUGGUGAUAUUGAGUUGUUAUAUCAUCUAGUUUCGAUAUACGUGCAUGAGAUAUUGAAGUAUGAACAUUACCGGUGGAAAUCAGUUUGGUUUUUGUUGAAGUAUUUCCAAGAAUCGAUUUGUAAUGGGUUUAGGUAUGAUAUAUGUGAUCAAAAUUUUAUGAAGUUCUUGAAUAUGUUGUGCAAUAUACCCAGAAUACGUGAUAUUGGAGAUUCAGAAGAUGAUUAUUUUAGAUUGAAAUCUUUGAGAACCACUGUUGAUGUUUUACGUCAAAGCGGAGUAACUUUGGAAGGAUAUCGUGAAUCAGAAAGGAUAACUGAGUUUAUUUUAAGAUUCAUCGAAUCAUAUAGGACUAGGGAUGAAGAAUUUGAAUCAAAAUAUUUGUAUUCAAGUUACAACUUAAGCGAUAUCUUACAUGGUGGACAUGAUUCCGUAUUUAAAAGAACUGGUGAAAAGGAUUCACUUCAAUUGAUUCAAGCAUUUCAACAGGAUAUUAACAAUUUGGAGAGUCGGUAUAUUCCUUCAAAUCCUACAGGUUGUUUAGAGUACGAAUACGAUUUUGAUACAAAUAUAGAACAACCGAUAUAA